GUGUCGUCUGCCACAAGAGCGCACUACGUGUAGUCUCGUCUGCUUCGUAAGCUUUUUUUUUUUUUUAAAAGUGUGUCAUGGGAUGAAACGAUUUAAUCGUGAACGAGGCAAGACACAGGUUGAUCAUUCCAUUUCAACAACAACCGCAGGUCAUAAAAACAACAAAACAUUGUUUUUGUUUUGAGUUGACGCAAGAACCGAUAGACAUUUCAACACAACCGUUCCCGCGGGACCCGUACAUCGUUUGGUCAUUCACAGACUUCAAUCUUUUGGUGAAUUUUGAAAAUUGAAUGUGUGUUUUCUAAACAGAAUCAAGGCAAUUAAUUGCUGUAGAGACAUAAAUUUGAGUACAGGAAUACAAAUGGAGACAGAGCGAUCUUUCGACAGAGGAUCUUCAGUUCUCAGCGGAGACACUUCUAGGCGUUACCACGAGGUCGUGCGUCGUAUCAACGAGCUCAACCUUACGCUGUCUCAGCUGCACCUGGAGAAGGCUCGCCUGGAGAGGCACGUGAGACCAGCGAGCCCCCGCGCCGUGUCACUGGAAGAGCUCAGACCUAGCGUGAAAGACAGCUUCGCUCGGCUGGAGAAAGAUUCCGAGGUCAUGCGGGUGGAACUGCUGAGGUUGAAAUCUGAAGUGGGGAAGAAGAGAGAGAAGAAUGAGGCACUACUCCGAGAGAUCGCGUGGCUGAAGGAGAGGAUGAAAUAUAAGCCUCACUUGGCUUCCGGGUCAAGAUUUAACGUGGAAACUAUUUAUAGCCAAGCUCUACCAGUGACAGAUAGGUUGGAUACUUUAAAUUCUGACAGGGGAGGUAGUUCAAAGCCUUUAUUAUUUCAUUCAAUGAAACAGUACAGUUAUCCCUCUUUUGGUAUACUCGGAAACUCCAGUGAAAUGACAGAUGGUACCGAAUUCCAGUCCAACUUAGUUCAAAAUGAAAAUACAAGAAACAGUCUAGAUCUGUAUCACGUGCGUAGCAGUGGGGCCCAAUAUCCUAGAAACCAAAGUCGCAAGAAUGAUGUCCAUCUGUCAUCGUUAUAUAGGCCAACUGACGAAAGAAGAGUUGGGCGACUCAACUGACUGGUCAAUUAGCAGUGAAUAAAGAAAAAUAAAGACUUUUGGAAGAAGGAGCAUUUUAGCUUUUGGUUAAUGUAGCGAUUUAUUGAAGGUAGAAAGAAGCUUGUAACAACAAAGUCGACUUAGUUGAAACAAACAGUUCGAGUGAUCAAACCAUUAAGAAAUUAUCUGUGAGCUUGUAGGAUUAAGUUGCAUAGAAUAAAAUAUGU